AUGGUGGGUACCAGGUUAUAUGUUCCUAAUGAUAAAGCUCUAAAGAGGGAAAUUCUUGAGGAGGCCCAUGGUUCAGCUUUUGCAAUGCACCCUGGAAGUACUAAAAUGUAUCAUACUUUGAGAGAGCACUACUGGUGGCCUUUUAUGAAGAAAGAAAUAGCAAAAUAUGUCAGGAAGUGCUUAAUUUGUCAGCAAGUGAAAGCAGAACGGCAGAAACCAUCAGGGCUAUUGCAACCACUUCCAAUUCCUGAAUGGAAGUGGGAACAUCUUACUAUGGAUUUCGUAUUCAAGCUUCCUCGAACACAGAAUAAGCAUGAUGGAGUUUGGGUAAUCGUGUUUCGACUCACCAAAUCCGCCCAUUUCUUACCGGUGAGAGCAAACUACACGCUAAAUAAGUUGGCUAAGCUCUUCAUAGAUGAGAUAGUGAGACUUCAUGGGGUGCCAUUUCGGGGUGACUGUGAUGAGAAGUUGCCACUUAUGGAGUUUGCCUAUAAUAACAGCUAUCAGGCGAGUAUCAAGAUGUCCCAAUUUGAUGCCUUAUAUGGGAAACAGUGUAGAACUCCAUUCUAUUGGGAUGAAAGCUAUGCAGACAAUAGAAGGAAAGACCUCCAGUUUGAGAUUGGUGAUUGGGUAUUUCUGAAGUUAUCGCCUUGGAAGGGUGUAGUGAGAUUUGGGAGGCGAGGAAAACUAAGUCCUCUCUAUAUUGGGCCUUAUGAGAUUGUGGAGCGUGUAGGCCCAGUAGCUUACAGGCUUGCUUUGCCUUCAGAUCUUUCCCGGUUGCACGAUGUAUUCCAUGUUUCGAUGCUCCGGAAGGACAUUUCUGAUCCUUCUCAUAUUUUGGAAGAACAACCAAUAGAAUUUCAAGAAGAUUUGACUUAUGUAGAGCAACCAGUUCAGAUUUUGGAUUGGAAGAUGCAAGUAUUGCGUUCGAGGGAGAUCCCACUUGUGAAGGUCUUAUGGAGAAGUCAUAAUGUGGAAGAGGCCACAUGGGAACCUGAGGACCAAAUGCGGGAACAGUACCCUUACCUCUUCGAAUAA